GCGGAUGGACCCCUGAUGGCGAUUACUGGAACUAACGGUGACAGGCGAAAAAAAGUUUUACAAAUUUUCACGUCAUAAGAUUGUUAAUCCAAUUUAAACUUUCCUUCCUUAUUUCUCUGCGAAAACUGGUUGAAAAUGGCAGACAAUAACAUAUUUCUGUUUGUUCCAAAUUUAAUUGGAUACGCCCGUGUUGUUUUGGGGCUCGGAUCUUUGUAUUUUAUGCCAACCAGUCAUGUCCUCGCCGCUUCACUUUAUAUUCUCAGUGGUUUCCUUGACGCUUUUGAUGGGCAUGCAGCAAGAAUUCUUAAUCAAAGUACCAAAUUUGGAGCUAUGCUGGAUAUGUUGACAGAUCGCUGUGCGACCAUGUGUUUGUUGGCUACUUUAGGAUCAUUUUAUCCAAGCUAUCUAUUUGUAUUUCAAUUGGUCAUGAUUGUGGAUGUUUCCUGCCAUUGGAUUCAUCUUCACACCUCCAAUGUUCUUGGCAAGACAUCCCACAAAAAUGUUGGGGAAGAGGAGAAUGCCUUGUUGCGUUUCUACUACACUUCCAGACCAUUCCUCUUCUUCAUGUGUGCUGGAAAUGAGCUCUUCUAUUCAAUGCUCUAUCUUCUCCAUUUUACCUAUGGCUACACAUUUUUGGGUAUGAGCGUUAUCAAGAUUUUGGUCGUUCUACUCUUCCCCGUGGCUGUCCUGAAAUUUAUUCUUGCUAUCAUGCAAGGAGGUUCGGCUUGGCGCAAUCUUGGAUACAUUGACAUUAAAGAGAGGGAAGAAUCCGAUAAGAAGCAAUAAUAUCCCCCAACUGCCUAGUCAAUCCAACUUUCCUUUAAGAUAACAAAACAUAAAUAGUCUUCGUAAAAUUAUUUAUUUGUUCUCAAAUUACCAAAUUUGAAGUUCUCUUAUACUUAAAUUCAUUGAUAUUUCACUUAAAAAUGUUCGCCCAUUCCCAAAGAAGACAAAGUGCAAAAUUUUCCAGACGAGGAGAAAUUAAGUCACUAUCCGAAUGAAAGUUUCCAAUUUUACGUUCAUCCGAAACGAAAGAUAAUUUUGUCUCCAUUCUGUACGUUAGUUCCCAAUCCGUUAUCCAGUGUAGAAACAGGUUGAGGAGCCUGGUUUGAUCCUGGAGGAAUCCGGAACACCCUCCAUGACCAGUUGUUUUUACUGUCAUUAGUUACGCUGUUUAAUCCGGUCAGUUGUGUCCCCCCAUUUGCAGCUUCCGUCGUGAACCUGUUCCAAUUCAGAAAUGAUAAAAAUUAUACAUAAUGUUUUCCCUGUUCAAAAAAAUCAAUUUUGUUCA